AUGGAGGGCAAUUCUAUACUCCAUGCUUUUAACAACAUCUAUUUUGCAAUCUUUGCUUUAUUUUGCUUCAAGCUUUUAAUUAAGAUUUCUUUGGCUCUGCUGACCCACUUCUAUAUUGUUAAAGGCAACAGAAAAGAGGCUGCCAGGAUAGCAGAAGAGAUCUAUGGAAUAGCACCAGGUUCAUGGGCAGAUCGAUCGCCUCUUCAUGAAGCUGCAUUCCAAGGGCGCCUGCUAUCUUUGAAAACAUUGAUUGCGCAGGGAUUCAAUGUGAACAUUGUAACCAUAGAUCGGGUUUCUGCUCUCCACGAGGCCUGCCUGGGUGGCCAUGUCGCUUGUGCGAAAGUCUUACUGGAGAACGGCACUCAAGUCAAUGCAGUCACUGUUGAUGGGAUCACUCCUCUCUUUAAUGCCUGCUGUAGUGGCAGUGCAGCUUGUGUGAACAUGCUGCUUGAAUUUGGAGCCAUGCCACAGCUAGAGAAUCACCUUGCUUCACCUAUUCAUGAAGCAGUAAAGAGAGGUCACAGGGAGUGUAUGGAAAUUCUUAUAGCCAAUGACGUUGACAUUGACCUAGAAGAUUCACAGCACGGAACACCCCUUUAUGUGGCCUGCAUGUAUCAGAGGACAGACUGUGUCAAGAAGCUUCUCGAACUAGGAGCCAGUGUUGACUUGGGUAAACGAUUAGACACUCCACUCCAUGCUGCAGUUAGGAAAUCCAGCGCAGAAGCAGUCAACUUGUUAACGGAUUAUGGCGCUAGCUUGACACGCAGAAAUGCUGAAUUCAAAUGUGCCCUUGAUCUGGCAGCCUCCAACAGCAAAGUGGAACAGGCCCUCUUGCUUCGGGAAGGUCCUGCCAGCCUUGCCCAGCUGUGUCGGCUGUGUAUCAGGAAGUGUCUGGGUCGCUCAUGUCUUUAUGUAGUCCACAAGCUGAAUCUUCCUGAGCCACUUGAGAAAUUUCUCUUAUAUCGAUAGCUCUAUGACUGUCUAUAAGAUG